AUGAGAGUGGUUACAAAUACUGAACAAGAGAAUGCAGGUCGUUAUGCCAUGAAAGGGUUUGCUGUUGGUGCUGCGCAGUGGGCAGGUGUUGGUCUUUUCGCCUCAGGUUUGCUUUACGCUUUUAUGCCAUGGUAUCGUCGAACUCAAACUGUGAACAAGUUUUAUAUCGUGAUGUGUUUUGCACUGGGCGGAGGUGCUCAUAAAUCAGAUAGAUAUAUGGUAAAUUACGAACGUAGAGGUAGAGCACAGAUUUUGGAUGAAGAGACUAGAAAGCGCUACGAAUUAAUUUACGGUGAUGCCUUUGAAGCUGAGAAGGCUGCAGAGAAACCCACGUCUCAAUAA